ACCUAGGCUAAGCCGACCGGUCACGUGACGAUCCAAUGCCUCAUUUCCCUGGUGAUCACCUCCAUCGCCCGGUCCCAACAUCUGCAACAAUAUUACCACAUUGCAGGUCCGCAUACCUCACCAGCAAACCGAUAUUCCCUUGCUGUUCAUGGAGGAUGCAGUCCGCCCUAGCGAGGAGGCCUUCAAGGCGAUGUACGAGAGAGGAUACCGGACGUGGGCUGCACUUUGGGAGGCAGCCGCCGCAGACAAUCACCUCGCGCUGGAUCACCUUACCAACCUUGGUUCGGUGUUUCCCAACCAUCCCUCUUUCCCAGGAAGUCUUGCAGUCGACAAAUCUUUCUCCAACACAGUUACCGUAAGGGGGACAACCAUCUGGGACACCACCCGAGGACCUUGCGAUCUGUCACCAUUUCAGGAAGAGGUGGUCGUCCAGGUAGCUUCAAGUUGCCCGACGACGAUCGUCUUCGUCUCUGAUCUGCGUCCGCCAAUGAUGUUUCCGAGUUACUUUGGCAGAGAGAACAACCACGUUCCCGUCCUUGUGCUUGCCUGGGCAUACAUACUCUCGGCACGAUGGGCUGAGCUAAUUCCUACAGCGUACUCACCCGACUAUAGCAGCCACCAGGCACGGCUGAGUGACGGCAGAGGUCGGAAAGGACUGGAAGAUGGUUGUGACUCUAUUAUAGUAGAUGUAGGUGACGUAGAUGAGGGCGCUGCUCGGUGGUGGACAGCUAUCCUAGCAGCAGACAGCGGCUGGAGCGCAUCAAUUCGCAGUAACACUGGCGUCCUUCUCUGCUCGCCAUGGUCCAUCAGGACCCAGCCAGGGCCGACUUUCGUCAUUUCUGCGAACAUUCAGUCCCGCUCGUCCGUCGCUAAUCAUCAUCCCGCGUCGCUCGGCAGCGCCCUCCGCUACCUGUCGGAGUAUUGCCGUCUUCACGGCAUCGCCGAGCAAAGCCAAGCAGCCCUCACGGCGGCGUUGCUCAUUCCAGUAGCAAAGUUCGAUAAUAAGAGAAUCAAAUUACCCUACCCUCGAUUACCACCGAAGGCAAGCCGGGGGCAGGCGAGAACCCAAGCGCUUCCUUCCUGGGACGGGGAACUCCGCCAGCUUGAUCGACUUCUUACAUUAAGUUGCAACUCGAGGGGAGUAAAAACCCUCUUGAAUAGCAUCUUUUUCGAGCCUGGUGUGGCCUGUAAUAUCUGCGGAGCUUGGCUGCAGGGCUCGUUCGCAUUCCUCGAUUCUGAUAAGGCUAAGGACCCGUAUACCCUUUUGCGUACGUUUAUAAAAAGAGAUCCGGACCUCGGGUUUCUUUGGUUUGGUGCCUUUAUUACGGGCGCCGAGGAGCGCUGCCUCCAGGAAGCUCGAAUGGGCUGGUGGAAAGUCGAUAUCAGCGCUGCUGCUUGGACUGGAACGCAUGUGUCCUUCAUCCAAGAGGUUAUCCUGAAAGCUCCCAGCGCCCACGAUAUCUCGCGAGCCGACGAAUGCCGGCUGACAUAUCUGUCCCACGAACAAGAUCAUGCAGUUCCACCGCUCUUCCCAUUUGCCCCGUUCGGCUAUACUGCUAUGGAAGAUACGGACCUUGACGUCCGUCGACAUGUUCGAUGCUCAGCAGCUCAUGGCCUCGAAUACAGCGGUUUUACCUGGGAUUGCCAGGGUGGUAAGAAAGUUGAACAGGGAAGAAACGGAGCGCUAGCGAUCCACGUCCGUCUAAAGGUCGGGCAACCUCCUAGCUGGAGCAACAGUGUUGCCGUCGAUUAUGAUAGCCUUGAUUUCGAAGACGAAGUGUCGGAAAUGGUAACGAGGAACGUUUUCACCUGGCUCCGAGGCGAAGACGGAUUUCCCGUGGCGGAGAGAGCAAUCCGCCAGCACGAGUGGAUUGACAAUCUGGAAUCGGACGACGACAGCCCAAUCAAAGGGGAUGUUCUGUCCACAGUCGGAGGGAAUCUUGGUGGGUGGUUAUUGGGCCUGGCAACUAGAAGAUCAAACUCGCUUUGACAGCAUAUAAAGUGAAGUGCAUGUCCUUUCUUUACAGCUGCUUGGGCUUGCAUUGAAACCCCUCCUCCUGUCGGAGCUGCC